AUGUCCAAACGCACGGCAUCUGAAGCUCAUGGUGAUGAACCUACCCCGAAACGCGUCAGGAAUGAUGACGCUACAAACGCGCCAUCACCGCUGGCAGAUCACGGCGCAUGGCGCAUUCUGGAACAAUACCUUACCACCGACAUGACAUACCCUCAGAUGGAUGAGGCCUUUUCUUCGUAUCUCAGCGAUCGAUACAACGGGGACGAUUGGAAGGAUGCUCGUGAUGCAUUCCUCGCCUUGGACAAUCUUCUCGCCGUGAAGGCUAGGCAUGUACCCCAGGGCGCCUCCGGUCCAUUGAAUAUUGUGACCCCGCAGAGAGAAUCUCCCAUAUCAACGUCUGCACCAAAGGCAGCCGGUCGCUUGAAAAGUGCACGCGUUCGAAGACCAAACAAUCCCUUUAUCGACGACGAAGCAUCUGAUGAGGAAGAGGAAGAGGAAGAGGAAGAGGAAGAGGAAGAGGAAGAGGAAGAGGAAGAGGAAGAGGAAGAGGAAGAGGAAGAGGAAGAGGAAGAGGAAGAGGAAGAGGAAGAGGAAGAGGAAGAGGAAGAGGAAGAGGAAGAGGAAGAGGAAGAGGAAGAGGAAGAGGAAGAGGAAGAGGAAGAGGAAGAGGAAGAGGAAGAGGAAGAGGAAGAGGAAGAGGAAGAGGAAGAGGAAGAGGAAGAGGAAGAGAAAAACCCUCAGUCCGAGGGUGACGAUGGCCCUUCUGCGCGGUCGUCAAACGUUACAAGCUUGCUAGGACCUUCAUCGGCCAAGGAUAGGUUAGCCGUAGCAAUUGACCACAUCUUCGACAGGUACGCAGAGAACGCACUCAGCACAUCUCAUAGAGCGGCCUCGUCCUCCAGCGCAGUCCAAAGCAGGAUGUACCUUCUUCAUGUUCACAGAUCUGCCACGCAACAUGUCGCUGAACAUCUGAGGAGCAAUGGAUUUGCGGUUACCGUAUCACCUUGGAUACCAAGUCAGCUUUAUGCUGUCUCAAACAGCCCUAGGACGAUCGCGGUAUCAUUAAAAUUCCUUUCUUCCUCCGUGAAAGAGUAUAUUCGCAUUUCGGAGGAAGAACAAGCGGCGGUCGAACGUUCACGCCCCACACUUCCCAACCCUGGGUGGGUGAAAAUCACACAAGGGAAAUACAAGGGUGAUAUCGGCUAUGUCUUCGAUUCCGAGCAAUCAAAUAACUUUGUCGCAACAUUAAUUCCCCCACGCGACUUCCCAUACCACAUGCCUGCGAGAUCUGUGGCGCUGCUCGACCGAUCUUGCCUGCCAAAUAACAAGGCAGUGUCGGACAUCGUUCAGGAUGAUAAAGUUGUAGGAUGGUCGUACAAAGGAGAGCGGUACUACAUGGGGCUUUUACUCAAGAAAUUUCGCCGCGAUAAUCUGGAGUUAGUUGCCUCACCUCACGCUAACGAUAUUCAACUACAUCUGCAAGCCGGGUGGGAUGCACCUUUCUUAAAGAAAACUCUGGUGGCCUUUUCACUGCAAUUCUUGCGCGUAGGUGAUUCGGCCAAGGCUAUCACAGGAGAAGUCCGUUCAGAAAUCGGGACGGUCGUCUCGACAAGCCAUACGCUUGGUACCGCACACUUAGAAUUCACCUUCGAUGGACAUCGACAAGAACUGGAAUUUCGGCUCCAGGACAUUGAGCCUGUCUUUUGGGUUGGCGACACGGUUCGAGUCGUAGCGGGCGCAUACACUGGAUUAGAAGGGCAUAUCAUUAGAAAGUCCGAGGACUUUUUUCACGUAUGCCAAGAGGCCACCAAUGAAGAGGUGGAAGUAUCAAAGUACUACUUGUCUCGUCGUCCUUUAACUCACGUGCUUCAAUCCCGGCUGCCAACGCAGCCAGAUUUCAACCCUCUCCCUGAGCCCGAAUCCCUUCAAAUCGGGGACGAAAUAGAAGUGGGUGCGGGAGAGUACAUGGGGAAAUGCGGGAUUGUGGAGUGGCUUCCUAAGGGAGAAACGCUGUGGUUCCGGGCUGGGAGUGGUAUCAAGGACCCGCUGGUUCACGUCCCCAGUUGCAUUUGUGAAGCGCAUUCGGUCCUCCAAGACACUCCAAUUUACCAAGGAAAGGGACUGAAAGGGGUCGUGCAAAUCGUGGACUUUCCAAAUGCGCGCUUGACCCUGAUAUCUGAGGGCGAUCACUCACUCAUCGACGUUCCUAUCGGAUUCGUCAUGAAAGUAUCCAACGUGAACUUAGAUUCGUUUCGCGACAUCAUUGGGAAAGAGGUCUUCAUUAUUGGAGGCGCACAGAAGGGUUACCGAGCCACACUGUACCAGCUCGCUCAAGAUACUUGCUUCAUUUCUUUGCAUGGGCAAGUGCGCACCACAGCCAAACACGCGGAUGUUGCUACUAGGUACGGAAUGAGGUUAAACGGCGCAAUGCUCGAAGGAUCGGACAUGAUCACUUUCUGCGACAUGCGGAGGAAAUCAUACCUAACACCGCAAUGUCGAAGCAAGACCCCUCCCCCAUCUGCCCCUCCCCCUCCCCCUCCCCCAUCUGAUCCUGUAGUUCCAUCCAAUAACCUUUCCGGCGUCAAGGCAUACGACCCCUGGGUUGCCAACAAUGCCGAGGACAUCGAAGACGCCAUUGCAGAGAGAGCGGAGAAACUCCGAAACGAUAACCCAUUACCUUGGUUGAUGAACAAGGAAUUCGCGUUGAAAUUGACUCAGUAUCACGCGCUGUUCAAAGUUUCACCACACUUCAUGGGAGGCAAGCUGCAUAAUCGCUUUGUAUCGACAGCUUGUCCUGACCCGUUCUGCGGUGACAAUGGACCCGCACCCAAUGGCUGCGUCGCGGUAUUCUGCACAUCCAAUGGUGCCGGAGCCGCGCUUCAGCACUACCAUAUUCCUGCCAGUGAUCUAAGUCCAGCCUCACCGCGAAAAAAAAAACCAACAGUGUCUCAUCCUGGACGGUGA